AGCUAAACUCUCAUAAAACAAAACAAAAAACAAUAAAACAAUAAAAAUAAAUAAAAACAAAAAUGGGUUCAUAUUUAGGAAUUUAUACAAUUUUGGUUCUAUGUUUGCUGGGAUAUUCAGCCAAUGCUGAGGUGUUCACCGUUGGUGGUCCUCCAGGUUCUGAUAUUACUGCGGCUCUUCUUAAAGCGUUCACAUCAGCAUGCCAAGCCCCUGCACCGAGCCAGGUUCUGAUCCCAAAAGGUGACUUCAAGCUUGGUGAGAUCGCUAUGACUGGUCCAUGCAAAUCUCCAGUGGAGUUCACCCUUCAAGGCAAUGUCAAAGCUGACGGUGGCUCAACGCAGGGAAAGGAUAGGUGGGUCGUCUUCGAAAAAAUCAAUGGGUUUAAGCUAAACGGAGGUGGAACAUUUGACGGUGAAGGCAAUGCAGCUUGGAAGGCCAAUAACUGCCACAAGACUUUUGAGUGCAAAAAACUUCCCAUCAGUGUAAGGUUUGAUUUUGUGGAUAACGCUGAGAUAAAAGACGUAACCUCGUUAGAUGCCAAAAAUAAUUUCCACUUCAACGUUAUCAGCGGCAAGAACAUGACCUUUGAUAACAUCAAGAUCAUCGCUCCAGCUGAAAGCCCCAACACUGACGGUAUCCAUUUGGGAAGAUGUGAGGGAGUCAAGAUCCUCAACACUAAGAUCUCCACAGGAGAUGACUGCAUCUCCGUGGGAGAUGGGAUGAAGAAUCUCCUCAUUGAAAAAGUUGUGUGCGGUCCUGGACACGGAAUCAGUGUGGGAAGCCUUGGAAGAUACGGAUGGGAGCAAGAUGUCAACGACAUUAAGGUUAUAAACUGCACCCUCGAGGGAACUGACAACGGGCUGAGGAUCAAGACAUGGCCAUCUGCGGCUUGCACCACCACCGCUGCCGGUAUUCAUUUUGAGAAUAUCAUCCUUAACAAAGUUAGCAACCCAAUCCUCAUCGACCAGGAGUACUGCCCUUGGAACCAAUGCAACAAGAGCAAACCAUCAACAAUUAAGCUGGUGGACAUUACCUUCAGGAAUAUUAGAGGAACAUCAGGGAACAAGGACGCAGUGAAACUAUUGUGCAGCAAGGGUCAUCCAUGUGAGAACGUUGAGAUUGGAGACAUUAACAUUGAGUACACAGGAGCUGAUGGUCCACCCACUUUUGAGUGCACAAACGUCACACCUAAGCUUGUGGGAACUCAAAACCCAAAGGCUUGUGUUGGACCUGUGGUCAAGGCACCUGGCCAAGCGUAAAAUGUUGAAGCUGAUCAACACAUCUAGGGCUUUCACAUCCAAUUUUGUUUUUCCUUCUUUCUAACCCUUUUUUCUUUGAAAAGUCUCACAUAAGGGAGACUUUAUGAAAACUGUAAAUGAAAAAAUGUUUCUAUUCGAUGCCAACACAUAUUAUGUGUGUGUGUGCAUAAAAAAAUGUUUCUAUUCGAUGCCAACACAUAUUA